AUGAUACAAGAUCCAAAAACUGCAGCUGCAUCCAGGCUCACUGAGCAAAGCAAAACAUCCUGUGACAGAGAAAACACUAGCUGUGCCCUUCAGUCUGAAGAUGACUCCGGGAAUGAGAACAAGCAGAAGAAUGCACCCCAGAAAAGAAGAAAACGAGCACAGACCACUCCAAGAAGUAGCAAAAGUCAAAACCCUAAAGCCGAUAGGAGCAGUGGAAGUCGAGCAGGCACCAGCCGCGACAAACCAGAGGAUGGGGAGGCGGUGACCCUGUUUGAGGUGAUAAACAUGGGCCGCAACGCCAUGAAGGCUGUGAUAGAUGACUGGAUAGAAGCCUAUGAAAAGGAAAGGGACCCCUCCAUUCUGGAUCUCUUCAAUUUUUUCAUCCAGUGCUGUGGUUGUAAAGGUGUGGUUACUGCAGAAAUGUGUCAUAGCAGAGAUGGCAGUAACGUUAAGAGUAAGAUGAUCGAGAAACAAGAUGAGGCGUUGGGUCUUCAUGUGAAGAGGGUUUUGGCUUUUCCAUGGAUACUGACUGUUACCUGGCCAUUAAAUGGGGAUGUGGAGUAUCCUCUGGUGCAGUCAGGACCGAGCGGGCGCUGGUUCCACUCAGAGCUGUGUGACUUCAUGUCGGUGCUGGUGGCUCAGUUUCAGCACAAUGUGCUGUUUGACAGUUACCUGAUGAACUCACUGCUCGUUCUGCUCUCUGCACUGUCUGCGUCCUCUGUGAGGGCUUUUAGACACACUUGCACACUGGCAGCCGUGAAGCUGCUGAGCUCGCUGGUGCGCGUCGCUCUGACCCUGAGUGUUGGUAUUGAGAACAGCCGGAAGAUGUGUGCUGUACAAAAGUCUAAAACGAGACAGAAAAACUCUCCACAAAUAAAAGGCCUUCAAAAGAAGAUCCUUGAGCUUGAAGAAAAAAGAUCAGAGGUGGAGAGUAUGAUGACAGUCAUCUUUAGAGAAGUAUUUAUCAAGCGAUAUUGUGACGCGCUUCCAGAGAUCCGUUCCAUUUGCAUGGAGGAGUUGGGGGCAUGGAUGAAGAACUACCACACUCUCUUUCUCAAUGAUGGUUACCUCAAGUACAUGGGCUGGAUGAUGCACGACAAGAGUUCAGAAGUACGGCUCAAGUGCGUGUUGGGUUUGCAGGAGAUAUACGGGGAUCCUAUGCUCUUUCCAAAGCUCCGUCUUUUCACUGUCCGCUUUAAGGAUCGGUUCAUCUCCAUGACCUUGGAUAAGGACAAUGAGGUGGCGCUACAGAGUAUGAAAUUACUGGUUAUCAUCUCCAAUAAAUCAAAGGGUGUGCUGAGUCCGAGUGAAUAUACACAGCUGUUCCUGUUUGUUUACUCCUCACAGCGCCCCCUAGCUCUUGUUGCAGGGGAACUUCUAUUUUUAAGGCUCUUGAACACUUCAUCAGACCUUCAGGAUGGGACCAAUGAGGAGGAAGACCACAGACAACAAGUAGUUAUUCAAUUAAAAGCUCUACUUGACUUUUACCAGGAGUCUAAGCUGCACCAGCAUGUUGUCUACCUCGUGGACAGUCUUUGGGACUGUUGUAGUGCUCUGUUGAAGGACUGGCCCACCAUCACUUCUAUACUACUGCAAGACCUGCCCUCAUGUUCAGGGCUCAAAGAUACAGAGGUAACUGUCGUGGUAGAGAUCCUGGUGGCGUCAGUGCGUCAGGCUGCAGAGGGUCCAGGACUAGUGGGAAGGAGUGGAGGCAGGAGGGUGGCCAGUGUCAAGGAAAAGAAGACCCAAGUGGAAGACGGUACCAAACUCACUGAAUAUUUUCUUGAAGUGCUUCCCAAGUUAAUCAAAAAGUUUUUACAGCGUGAAGAUGUUGUUGCGUUGCUCAUGAAGAUUCCUCAGUUUUUCCUCCCUGACUAUCCGUUAGCUGAAAAAGAUCAGUUGUUGUCAGAGCUGCUGUUGGCGAUGAGAGCUGCUUCAGAGCUCCACUGUGCCGCUGACAUCCUGGAGGGUGCAGCUCGCUCUUACCUCAGUCUGUGUGAGGACGAGACAUCCUGGUGUUCUAUUGCCCAAACUGCCAGAGAUGCCAUGCUCCAAACGUGGGUGAACCAACUAAGGUUACUUAUAGAAGAUUCAGUAAAGGAGGGUACUUUUUCAUCAGAUGUUGAAAAAACUGAAGAAAUCCUAGUUACUAUUAAACGAGUCAGAUUUUUCUUCAACUGUCAUGACAUGUCCAAGUGGAGUCUGUUUGAGCAUCUGUUCCCUCUCAUGUCUGUCCACCAGUCUGGACUGCCGUCUCAGGUGCUUUGGGAAGUCUUGCAGUGUCUAUGUUAUGCCAUGCUCUGGUCACUCAAUGCAAGCAGUGAGACUCUAACUUCCAAGGAAAAAGCCUUGGCCCAGAGACUGCAUCUGCGCCAGUUUUGUGAAGGUAGUGUGCAAUGCCUCUGCCACAGUGAUGACAAAGUGCGGCAGCAAGCGUUUCUGGGUAUCUGUGAUGUCUUAACGGCUCACUCAUACCAGACAAACAUUUGGGAUCCAACUUGCUGUGGUCCUUUACUCUACACUCCCAGCCCCAAACUGCAGAGGGUGCUGUUGACCUUUCUCUGCAGCCACAUAUUUGUUAAGCCAGAGACUCACAGGCAAAGAACAGACGCUGACGACUCUGAAGUGGAGAAGCUUGAAGACCUUCAUAAACGGAGAAACCUGCUGGCAGCUUUCUGCAAACUCAUAGUGCAUGGGGUUCUGGAGAUGAGUCUGGCUGCAGAGGUCUUUAUGUGCUAUGUCAAGUAUUAUAACGACUUUGGGGACAUCAUCAAGGAGACUUUGUGCAGGACACGCCAGACGGACAAAAUGGCGAGCACUCAAACCCUGGUCCUGUCCCUGCAUCAGCUGUUUUUGCGUUUAAAGUAUGAGCAGGAGAGUGGAGGCCAGCCACAUCCUGGGGUCCAAACUUUCACCAGUAUCAAAGAGCUGGCUCGCCGUUUUGCCAUGACCUUUGGAGAUCUCGUGAAGUUUCGUGAAUGUGUCGUCAUGAUCCACAGGAGUGGCAUAGACUUUGUGUUUCAAGGGUUUAAGCAGACGCCAGAUUCACAGACACCAGUGCACCUGUCCUACCUGACCAUCCUGAGUGAAUUCUCAAGUAAACUGCUGAAGCCGGACAAAAAGAUCAUGUUGAGUUACCUGCAGAAGCACACAGUGGAGCACAUUACUAACCUCAGGGAGGAGUGCUGGCAGCCACUGGGACAGUACCGUAUGUCUUUAUUGGCAGCGGCAGAAGCCGAGGAAGUCUUGUCCCAUACUAGCUCUGAUAAGAAACCACGCCCAAGUUGUACUAGAUCUAAACUGGAAGGAAAAAAGUCUUCAUGUGCGGCCACUCCAACUGACAUGACAGAAAUCACUGGUCACACAUCUCAGAGACCCAGAUUUAGUCCAAGUACUCCUGUUGCCAACAUGGAUCCGUUCUUUGUCUCCGUGGCUCCAGCGGUGAGACGACUGCACUUUGACACUCCGGUGCUUAGCACCAACCAGGACGCCCAAGAGGAGACCGUGGACGUGGAACUUUAA